UUAUUGUAUAAAAGCCCGAUUACACUGAUCAUACUCUUGUCUGCUCUUCUCUCAGUCUCUCCUGGUCUCUCCUGGUCUCUCCAUGUUUUCAAUUGUGUGUGUUUGGUGUCAUUUGUAUUCAUAUCGACAAUUAUUGAUAUGUUUUUACUAGCGUCAAACAUAUUUAUAAAUUUUAUAUGUCUAAUAAUAAGUGACGACAUUAUUUAAACUUCAAAGUGUGUUACACAGUAUUUUCACUUAAUUAUAACUUAUCUGCAUUUUACUUAUUUUUAUAAUUAACUUAAUUACAAGUGACUAUUAAAUUUGAUAAAUUAAAGUAUAUAAAUAAAUUUUGGAGCAGAUUGUACAUUAAUUAUUUAUAUAAAUUAAUUAAAUAUCACUUAUUUUAUAACAUUAAAUAAAAUAACAAUGGGUCGACGUUCAAUAAACACCACUAAAAGUGGAAAAUACAUGAAUCCUACAGAUCAAGCUCGUAAAGAAGCACGUAAAAAAGAAUUAAAAAAAAACAAAAAACAACGUCAACUUGUUAGAGCUGCUGUUCUUAAAGGAAAAGAUCCUUCUCAAAUAAUUGAAGAAAUGGAAAAAAUUGAUCAAAUGGAAUAUAAUGUCAUGCAGCCACCACCACUAAAUGAAAAAGUUCUCAAAGAUAAAAGAAAAAAACUUAAGGAAACCUUGGAUCGUGUUUUAAAAAUGUAUGUUAAAGAUGAUCAUGAAAAAUAUGUUGAAUUAAAAGAUCAACUUUUACAAUAUGAAAGACGUAAAAUUGAUUUAGUAUCUUAUUUUGAAGCUGUUAGACAUGCUCAACAAGUUCAUGUUGAUGAAAUUCCACUUCCUGCAACAAAUACAGAUAUGAUUCGUAAUUAUCCAGGAUUACCAUCUCAAAUUCCAUUACCAGAAGUCACACAGCCUUCUCAUCCAUAUCCUUUACAAAAUCAUUAUAUGCCUCAAUUUCAUCCACUCAUGACUAUACCAGUUCCACCAAGUAUCUUAAAAAAGAAAAGUUCAUAUACCGGUCGUUCAACUGAUUCAACAUUGGCUACAAAUAAAGAACCACCAGGAGUUCCACCAUUUGUUCCACCAAAUUUUGCAAAUGAAAGUUCCAUAUUACUGGAAAAGAUAACUGAUAAUUCACAACAAAAACUUCGAACAAUUCGUUUUUCUGAUGAUAAAAAUGAUAAAAAUAUUGACAAUGAAAAUAAUGAAAAAAAUAAAAAUAAAGAUGAUGAACGUGAUAUAGAAACAGUUAAACCAACAUCUGUACAACAAAAAAUGUUGGCAAUGGCAGGACAAGAUAUUGAUGAAUUUAUGAGAGACAUGGAAUCAGCACAUAAGAAAAAAAUAAAUGAAAAAGCUCAAGAUUUAAAUACAAGAUUAUCAUUAAUUGAUGGUAAAACAAAUGUUGAUUCACAUUCAGAUUUUAAAAAUACAUCUGAUAAUGAUAAUACAGAAUUACCUGAUACAAUGGAUCGUUCUUCAUUAUCAUCUAUUCGUCAACAACAAUCAUCAAUGCAUAUGAUGCAGCAACAUCAUGGAAUGCCAUCAAUGAAUAUGCCACCACCACCAUCAUUACUUUUUAGACCAUCACCACCAAUGCAUAUGAGAAUGCCACCACCACCACCUCCACCACCUAGAAUAGGUCUUAGACUUCCACCAGGACCUCCUCCUGGUAUGCCACGUAUGCUUAGACCAGGUCCACCAAGUAUGCCAAGAAUGCCACCACCAUCACAAAUGCCAAUAACUAAUUUAUCUGGCAUGCAAAAUAUACAAAAUUCACAAAUUCAAAAUUCAGGUGGAUCAAAUUUACAAACUAAAACACCAAAUGUAUUAUCAGCAGCACCACAACUUAUUAAUCGUAAAGAUGAUAAUAAUAAAACAACAUCAACAACAACAAUUGAAGCUAAACCACAAAUUAGAAAUUUAGCUGCUGAUGUUACAAGAUUUUUACCUACUUCAUUACGUGUUAAACGUGAAGAUAAAAAAAAAUUACCUUCUACAAUACGUUAUUUAGAUAUGCAACCAAUUAGACCGGCACAACCAAAAACAAAAGACGAUGCAUAUAUGCAAUUUAUGCAAGAGAUGGAAGGUUUAUUAUAA